AAUGACCUUUUUUAGGUUAUUUUUUUCAUCCUGUGGCAGAAACAAGCGUCCAUACCUCAAGGAUAAGCAGAUGCACCACUUAAAAACCCAUAUUGGUCAACCAGGUUUUGUUUCUGGUUUAGGCCGCCGUUGAGCUCCCGCUGCGACUGUGUCAUUUUUUGGGAAAGCUGUUGCUUUGACCUCCCCCCCUCUGUUCCCAGUCGAGUCGCUCUCCUUCUAUCCGACCACACACACACACACACACUGCUCCCCCUCUCUGUCUCUCGUUCUCUCAGCAUCAUUCAGAGCUUCAUCUCCUCGGCUGGAAUCACACAAGAUGCAUCUGUAGGUUGGAAUCACUCCAUUGGAUUUUCUGAGGCUUUUCCCUGCACCGGAUCUCGGGACAGAUGCUGGAAACGGACCGUGGACGGAGAUGGGAUGAGGGCUGUUAGAUCAACAAAUGUUUUUGGAGUGCUUCUUACCGGACCUUACUGAUGAGGAGUUGAGAAGCGGACACCCAUCGCCCGUCAUUGCAGCUGCGCGCUUCGAAGCUCUUCAUGUCAUGAAUAACUGACGCUUCCGUUAGGACUCAUUUUUGGACGGUCUCUGUGUUGUUAUGUGGUCUAAUUGCGCGGUUAUGUAACUCUUAAGUGCUUUCCGUGGUAGGAAAUACCGAGUCUAUCGGUAUCGCUCAUGCUCCGGUGCAUGCCUGCGCUCGCUCCCUCGCGCCGGUGGUGUGCACCGUGAAUCUGCACCGAAUCUGCACGAUCGUCCCUCCCUCUCCCGUGAGAUGGCCGCGGCGAUCGCCAGCUCGCUCAUCCGACAGAAACGGCAGGCGCGCGAGUCAAACAGCGAGCGAGCGGUGUCCGGUAAGCGUCGCUCCAGCCCCGGUAAAGAGCCCUCGGGCCGAGGCUCCCUGUGCGAUCGGCACCUGUUAGGACUCUUCAGUAAAGUCCGAUUCUGCAGCGGGAAGAAACGACCCGUGCGCCGGAAACCAGAUCCUCAGUUGAAGGGGAUAGUGACCAGGCUCUUCAGCGAGCAGGGCUACUACUUGCAGAUGCAGCCGGAUGGAACAGUCGGCGGGACCAAAGAUGAAAACAGCGACUACACUCUGUUUAAUCUGAUCCCGGUGGGUUUGCGGGUCGUGGCGAUACAGGGCGUGAAGGCUGGACUCUACAUGGCCAUGAAUGGAGAGGGUUUCCUCUACUCCUCGGAUACGUUCACAGCGGAGUGUAAGUUUAAGGAAAGUGUUUUUGAGAAUUAUUAUGUGAUCUACUCAUCUACGCUGUACCGCCAGCAUGAGAGCGGACGCGCCUGGUUCCUCGGACUCAAUAAAGAAGGAAUCAUCAUGAAGGGAAACCGGGUCAAGAAAACUAAACCGUGCUCACACUUCGUGCCCAGAAGUGUCUCAGUGUGUAUGUAUAAGGAGCCAUCGCUGCAUGAUAUUGACGAGAAGCAGCGGUCCAGGAAAAACUCAGGAACUCCCACUAUGGGCACCAGGAAAGAGUUGAACCAGGACUCUACUGAUCAUGAAGGCUCAUAGCCACACACACACACACACACACUGACCUGUAUAUGUACACACACAUACACACACACACA